CUUUCACUUCCCAGUUUGUGUCGCAGCUUGUUCUCUCCGUGUGGAGCUCCAGCUGAAGGUGGGGCUGUGACUCAUCAGGAAACAACUCACCUGAGUUCUUCUUCAUCAACUCUUCUUCAUCAACUCUUUGGACUGUUAGAAGAAACUAACCCAUCAGAGACCAGACCCUGCUGAACCUGAACCUGAACCAGAACCUGAGCCCAGCUUUGUGUCCAUGAAGAGUGAGCGGUUCAUGGAGACACCAUGGAGGCAACCUGUAAGGAUAGACCAAUUAAAAUGGAGGAGAGGAGAAGAGAGAGUCCAAGACAGAAGGAAAGGGAGGAACUUAUUGAAAUAAAGAGCCAAAGACUGAGGAUCCAGCAGCAGAGACCAGAGUCUCCUGAACCUGAACCUGAACCCAGCUGUUUGUCCUUCAAGAGCGACCAGUCAAAGGAGGAUUUUAUGAAUUUUAAACAAAGACAUCCAUCUGACAGAAAAGUGGACCAGGAGAGCUCAGAGGUUCCCACUGGUCAGUCUGCCCAGCAGCAUCAAACGCACCUGGACUCCAUAUUUAUGCUGUUGGAGGACAACAUUGGCACUUUUGUGAAGAACGAGCUGACGAAGAUCCAGAACCUUUUGAGUCCAGAUUACCCAGAAUGCUUAGAGAGUAACAGAGAGGAUGAGGAUGAAGAGCAGGAGAGGAGCAGUGAGGCAUUUCUGAAGAUCACACUGCACUUCCUGAGGAGAAUGAAGCAGGACGAGCUGGCUGACUGUCUGCAGAGCAGAAGUCGUUCUGGAGUUUGUAAGCGUAAACUGAAAUCAAACCAGCAGAAGAAGUUCCAGUGUGUGUUUGAGGGUAUUGCUAAAGCAGGAAACCCAACCCUUCUGAAUCUGAUGUUCACAGAGAUCUACAUCACAGAAGGAGGAACUGCAGAGGUCAAUGGUGAACAUGAGGUCAGACAGAUUGAAACAGCAUCCAGGAAACCAGAAACAACAAUCAGACAAGAAGACAUCUUUAAAACCCCACCUGGAAGAGAUAAACCAAUCAGAACAGUGAUGACGACAGGAGUGGCUGGCAUCGGGAAAACAGUCUUAACACAGAAGUUCACUCUGGACUGGGCUGAAGACAAAGCCAACCAGGACAUCCAGUUCACAUUUCCAUUUACCUUCAGAGAGCUGAAUGUGCUGAAAGAGAGAAAGUACAGCUUGGUGGAACUUGUUGAUUACUUCUUUAGUGAAACCAAAGAAGCAGGAAUCUGCAGGUUUGAAGAGUUCCCGGUUGUGUUCAUCUUUGACGGUCUGGAUGAGUGUCGACUUCCUCUGGACUUCCUCAACACUGAGAUCCUGACUGAUGUUACAGAGUCCACCUCAGUGGAUUUGCUGCUGACAAACCUCAUCAGGGGGAAUCUGCUUCCCUCUGCUCGCCUCUGGAUAACCACACGACCUGCAGCAGCCAAUCAGAUCCCUCCUGAGUGUGUUGACAUGGUGACAGAGGUCAGAGGGUUCACUGACCAACAGAAGGAGGAGUACUUCAGGAAGAGAUUCAAAGAUGAGGAGCAGGCCCGCAAAAUCAUCUCCCACAUCAAGACAUCACGGAGCCUCCAUAUCAUGUGUCACAUCCCAGUCUUCUGCUGGAUCACUGCUGCAGUUCUGGAGGACAUGUUAAAGACCAGAGAGGGAGGAGAGCUGCCCAAGACCCUGACUGAGAUGUACAUCCACUUCCUGGUGGUUCAGACCAAAGUGAAGAAAGUCAAGUAUGAUGGAGGAGCUGCAACAGAUCUACACUGGAGUCCAGACAGCAGGAAGAUGAUCGAGUCUCUGGGAAAACUGGCUUUUGAGCAGCUGCAGAAAGGCAACCUGAUCUUUUAUGAAUCAGACCUGACAGAGUGUGGCAUCGAUAUCACAGCAGCCUCAGUGUACUCAGGAGUGUUCACACAGAUCUUUAAAGAGGAGAAAGGACUGUACCAGGACAAGGUGUUCAGCUUCGUCCAUCUGAGCGUUCAGGAGUUUUUGGCUGCUCUUCAUGUUCAUGAGACAUUCACCAACUCUGGAGUCAUCCUGCUGUCAGAAGAACAAACAGGAUCAAGACACUUCUACCAGAGUGCUGUGGACAAGGCCUUACAGAGUCCAAAUGGACACCUGGACUUGUUCCUCCGCUUCCUCCUGGGUCUUUCACUGCAGACCAAUCAGAAUCUUCUACGAGGUCUGCUGACACAGACAGGAGGUAUCUCACAGACAAAUCAGGAAACAGUGGAGUACAUCAAGAAGAAGAUGGAUGAGAAUCUGUCUGCUGAGAGAAGCAUCAAUCUGUUCCACUGUCUGAAUGAACUGAAUGAUGGUUCUCUAGUGGAGCUGAUCCAACGGUCCCUGAGUUCAGGACGUCUCUCGACAGAUAAACUGUCUCCUGCUCAGUGGUCAGCUCUGGUCUUCAUCUUACUGUCAUCAGAAGACGAUCUGGACAUGUUUGACCUGAAUAAAUAUGGUGCUUCAGAGGAGGCUCUUCUGAGGCUGCUACCAGUGGUCAAAGCCUCCAACAAAGCUCUACUGAGUGGCUGUAACCUGUCAGAGAGAAGCUGUGAAGCUCUGUCCUCAGUUCUCAGCUCCCAGUCCUCUAGUCUGAGAGAGCUGGACCUGAGUAACAACAACCUGCAGGAUUCAGGAGUGAAGCUGAUCUCUGAUGGACUGAAGAGUCCACACUGCACACUGGAGACUCUCAGGUAAGAUCAAGAACAAGGAGAAUAAUCAAGAAUAAUCUUUGAAAACACAGUAUUGAAAAAAAACUUUGGAAAGAUUGAAAACGUGAAUGUUUCCAAAGUAUUUUAUUAUGAUUUAGAAUGAAUCUAGAUAACUGAAGAAUGAAAUAUGAACUGUGGCUGACAUCGAGAAAUCAUUUAUAUUUUCAUAUAAUGCGACUUUGAUCACUGGACGUUUGUUUAUUCCUGAUUAUACAACAAGGAGAUCCGAUCAGACAAUCUGAUGGUCAACUAGACAUUUAGAACAUACUCAAAUUAGCAUGAUAGUACACCCAGAGCCAUUUGAGCACACCUGGUACAUCACAUGCAAUAUUACUCAUAGUUUGGGUCACAUCAGCUGUUUGGAUCACAUCAGCUGUUGGAUCACAUCAGAUGUUU